AUGAGUCUCUCGUCGUUUUUGUCGUCGUUUCUCCCCGUCGCGUACGCCGACGCGCCAGCAGAGGCGGAGGAGCCCAAGGAGGAAGAAGCUCCCGCGGAAGAGUCUGCCGAGGAGCCCGCUGAGGAGGAACAGGAAGAGGAAGAGCCCGAGGACAUCAUGCCUGCGCUGAGAGAGGAGUGCGAGCAGUCGGCGAAGUGCGUGGCUGCCACAAAACAUUUCCAGCACUGCGAGGAAAAGGUGAAUGCUGGCAAGGGCUAUAAGGGCGAAGACUGCAUCGAGGAGUUGUACGUCGCGUUUUUAUUGUCCUUUUCCGCAUUAAUUGCUGACGCACGCCCGUCUUUAGCUACCAGUGAGCAGUCUUCUUUUAACUGUGUCGUCUGGAACCUUGCCAGUGCGACCAUGUCCGAGAUCGCGACGUUCGCAGCAGGGUGCUUCUGGGGUGUUGAGCAUAUUUUUCUCAAGCACUACCCCAUUGCACAGAACAAGGGCCUCCUCCGCACUGCGGUCGGCUACACCGGCGGGCUCGCAGAGGCCGUCAACCCCGACUACAAGACCGUCUGCACCGGCCGCACCGGCCACGCCGAGUCCCUCCGCAUAGAGUUCGACUCCGCCGUCGUAACCUACGCCGAGCUUGUUGAGUUUUUCUACAGGACACACGACCCGACCACACUUAAUUCGCAGGGGAAAGACAACGGGACCCAGUACCGCUCCGCCAUAUUCUACAAUUCCCCCGAGCAGCGCGAGAUUGCAGUGCGCGUCACGGAGGAGGUACAGAGGAAGCAUUUUGAUCCCGUCGGCAAGAAAAUCGUCACGGAGAUCGUUGCUGCAGGCCCGUGGUUCGAUGCGGAGGAGUAUCACCAGGAGUACCUCCACAAGAAUCCUUCCGGCUACCACUGCCCCACGCACACUCUUCACUGGUGA